CCGUAGUUCUGGGCUCGAGUUGCCUAGAAACGGCGGAAGCAUUAGUGCGCAGCAGCGAUGGAGAAGUAUGAAAAAAUCAAAGUUGUUGGCAGAGGAGCUUUCGGGAUUGUUCACCUGUGCCGCCGGCGCAGCGACGGCGCUUUUGUCAUCCUAAAGGAGAUCCCAGUGGAGCAGAUGUCUCGGGAUGAACGACUGGCGGCUCAGAAUGAGUGUCAGGUGCUGAAACUGCUCAACCACCCAAACAUCAUCGAGUACUAUGAGAACUUCCUGGAGGACAAGGCCCUCAUGAUAGCGAUGGAGUAUGCGCCAGGUGGAACUCUGGCUGAGUACAUCCAGAAACGCUGCAACUCCCUCCUGGAUGAAGACACCAUCCUUCACUUCUUUGUGCAGAUUUUGCUUGCUCUGUAUCACGUGCACAACAAACUCAUUCUGCACCGCGACCUUAAGACUCAGAAUAUUCUGCUGGACAAGCACCAGAUGAUUGUCAAAAUUGGGGACUUCGGCAUCUCCAAGAUCCUCGUCAGCAAGAGCAAAGCGUACACUGUGGUCGGGACUCCUUGCUACAUCUCUCCGGAGCUGUGUGAGGGAAAGCCAUAUAACCAGAAGAGUGAUAUUUGGGCUUUGGGCUGUGUACUCUAUGAACUUGCCAGUCUCAAAAGAGCCUUCGAGGCUGCUAAUCUCCCAGCUCUUGUUCUAAAAAUCAUGAGUGGAACUUUUGCUCCGAUCUCGGACCGGUACAGCCCAGAACUCCGACAGCUGAUCCUCAACAUGCUCAAUCUGGAUCCUUCCAAGAGGCCUCAGCUCAAUGAAAUAAUGGCUUUGCCCAUUUGCACCAGGCCACUGCUCAAUCUCUACACAGAUGUGGGCAACGUGAAGAUGCGCAGGAUCGAGAAGCCAUUAUCCGCUGUUCAACUUGGUCUACCAGGAAGACCAGGAGGGAGAGUUUCCACCAGCAGAUUGAGAGAAGGGUCAUUCGGUUUUGGAUCGGGACAGGUGCAUUCGCUCCCUCUGUCCUCCGUCUACACAUGGGGAAGCGGCAUCACGACCCCUUUCCGCCUCCCUAUGCCUAACACCGAAGUGCUUCAGGUGUCGCUCGGUCGCACUCAAAAGAUGGGAGUCACCAAAUCUGGUCGUCUGAUCACGUGGGAGGCUCCAUCUGUGGGAGCAGGUGAGCUGGGCCCCCCCGGUGUGGUGGAACACAUGCAGCUGCUGUUCAUCUCUCGCUUCCUGGAGGGCCAGUCCGGUGUCACCAUCAAGUCUGUGUCCUGUGGAGAUCUCUUCACCACAUGCAUGACAGAAAGGGGGAUUAUCAUGACGUUUGGAAGCGGGAGCAACGGCUGCUUGGGACACGGCAACUUCAAUGAUGUAACUCAGCCCAAGAUAGUGGAAGCUCUCCUUGGGUAUGAGCUGGUCCAGGUGGCCUGCGGAGCUUCCCACGUCGUUGCUGUGACCAACGAAAGAGAAGUAUUUGCGUGGGGAAGAGGAGACAAUGGUCGCCUCGGGCUGGGCACCCAAGACACCCACAACUCUCCCCAGCAGGUGUGUUUGCCUGUGGGAUUUGAGGCGCAGAGGGCGGUGUGUGGGGUGGACUGCUCCAUGAUUAUCAGCAGCCAGAGCAGCAUAAUGGCAUGUGGAAGCAACAGGUUCAACAAGCUUGGCCUGGAUAGGAUUACUGCAGGAGAAGAGCCAAGCCAGGUCAACCAAGUGGAAGAAGCCCAUUCUUUUACACCCGUCCAGUCGGUGCCGCUCAACACUGACAAGAUUGUUUCUGUCGACAUUGGAACUAGUCAUUCUGCUGCUGUCACAGAAGGGGGUCAGUGUUUUACAUUUGGAAGCAACCAACACGGGCAGAUGGGUUGCAGUUCUCGGCGGAGCGGCCGUGUUCCGUACCUGGUUCUGGGCCUGCAGGACAUCACCAUGGUUGCUUGUGGCGACGCCUUCACCUUAGCCAUUGGAGCUGAAGGGGAGGUGUACACGUGGGGGAAGGGGGCGCGUGGACGCCUCGGAAGAAAGGAGGAAGACUGUGGGAUACCGAAGGCGGUGCUGCUCGAUGAGAGUCACCCUUUCGCCGUGACAUCUGUGGCUUGUUGUCAUGGCAACACUCUGCUGGCAAUGAAACCUCUGUUGGAGGAGCUGAUACCAAGAUGAUUUUGUGCUGAAAGGCGUCCAUGUGAAGCCCAGCAUGGUCCUGAUGAAGAGGGCGUGACCUUUCUGCUCUCCUGCUCUCUUUUGAAUCUGCAGCUGCCGUGUUACUCAUUUAUCCUGUCUUUGAAUAUAUUCGCUUUUUGUUUUUUUAGUUAGUUGUCGGAAAACUCAGAGGGAGUCUAAAGCUGCAGGUGGAGAAACAACAGGCCUGUUGAAGAAAUGUUGCAACAAACGGCUGGAUUACUGAGGAUCGUUAGUCAGCUCUCCUGCGGUGAGGUGUUGUCCUCCCACACCUGCAGCGCUGCUAAACUAUAAAAGUCAGUGAAAGUCGGAGCUUUCUUAAGACACUAACAAAUGAAACAGGAAAAAUAAAGUCAUUUGGCUCAGGAGUGAAAAAGACACAAAUGUGUUAAUCUUGAUCACACAGUCAGAGGUCACUUUGUGCCGCACUGGAUUAGUGUUGUAGUGCAGAAGGGUUCAAAUCAGAUUACCAAAGGGCAGAGUGGGGCUGGAAAUGCUGCCUCAUUCAGGCUUUUAAGUCGGCCUUUUUGCUCUGGAGUGAGCGGUGGAGGAGCUGCAUUUUUAGAAACCUCUAUGAUGUCAGCAGCUUUCCAACAAACAGCGCACAGUUCAUCUCAUGGCUUGUGCUCUUCAUGCGUUAAGGUAAACGCUCGCAGACGUUACCGCCAGUCAGGAAGUGAGCUUCAGCUGCAGUUUUUGAAAGGCCGUUAUCUCACAUACAUAUUUCAUUUAGAGUUUUACAUUCUAAGUGGUGUAAAACUGUCAGACUGAUUUGAUUCUUCAGAUUCACUAAUCUAGUCUGUCUUCAUCGACUGUGACAGACCAGCUCUGUCUGAGGGUUUCUCACUCAUAAACUGAGUGACAGAUUUUCCAAAAUAUCGUAAAGUUAAAACAAAAAGUGGAUCUUUGUAUUCUAUAACAAUGUUUUAAAAAUGUGCAUAUACAUUUAUGAUGACAUUUUGUAUGAGCCAAUGAGUUUGACAUACAAUAAAUGGUGUUUAAUUUGA